CACAGUCGUCGUUGUUAAGGUUGGACAACCAAUCAAAAUGUUUCUUGUACACGCUCCCCCUUGUCGGAGGUCAAACAUGGCGGCGUGCGCAAGGAGGACGCGAGAAACGAUGGGCUUGCUACGAAUUUUAAGAUAUUUCCCUCAAAACGAACGACUUCUUUCAACGUCUGUAUUGAGGCACUCUGCAGCGUCAGAUGGACCUCCAAAAUUCACUCCUCCAACCAAACCUAUUAUUCUAGAAAAAACACAGAAAGAAGUGUCUCUGCGACGGUUUCUGAGUCCAGAGUUCAUUCCUCCUCGUCAGCGCACAAACCCUGUGAAAUUUUCAGCAGAACGGGAAGACAUGAUACAGAGACGAAAAGUUCUCAACAUUCCAGAGUUUUACGUUGGCAGUAUUUUAGCAGUGAACAUGACUGAUCCUCACGUGAAAGGGAACUUGAAUCGCUUUGUUGGCAUCUGCAUUCAACGCUCUGGAAAAGGAUUGGGUGCUACUUUUAUACUUAGGAACAUUGUUGAUGGCCAAGGAGUGGAGAUAUGCUACGAAUUGUACAGUCCACGUAUGCGUAAGAUUGAGGUGUUGAAGCUGGAGAAGAGGCUGGAUGACAAUCUCAUAUACUUGAGAGAUGCUCUUCCUGAGUACAGCUCCUUCGACUUUGACAUGCAGCCUGCCUAUUCUAAAAUAACAGGAGAUGUUCCGGUCAAUCAGUUAAAAGUGAAAAUGAAGCCAAAGCCGUGGUCUAAACGUUGGGAGCGCCCCAAGUUUAACAUUAAGGGUAUCUGCUUUGACCUAUGUUUGACCCCUGAAAUGAUGGAGCAUGCUCAGAAGUGGGCAGAACCGUGGAGGCAGUAUGAUAUGCUGAUGGAGUAUGACACAUCCAAACUAGAGGAGCAGAUCUUCAAGGAGGUACAGGAAAAUCUCAAAGUGAAAAGUCCAUAGAAACUACUUGCAGCCUGGACAGAGACAUGAGAGACAUGAAGGGACAAGGGUAAGGUGACACCUCUAAAGAUGCUGAAAAGAUCAGACUUUUGAGAGAUACUGAUACCAAUGUGGUUCUGGUCCUGGAUUUUGCCUCAAAAUGGAUUUUGGAGAUACAUUCAGAUGCCUACGUAUGAUACAUCAGAACUCGCUCAAUUGCUGAUCUACAAAUAACCAUCCUAAAUUAAAGCAAUUGCAAUUA